AUGUCACUUUUAUCUAAUACUUGCUCUAUUCUAUUCCACAAUGUCCCGCUCAAUAUCGCAAAACACAAUGGUUUUACACUGUUUGGCUCAAAGAAGAAAGGCUCCAGCUCCUUAGUUGACGAUGAAGAUACCGCUGUUUCCCACGACGUGCUAGACCGUUUACAGUCAGACUGCAAAACGAAGUUAAAAUCGAUAGAAGAUGGCCUUAAGUUUGAGUUGUCGAAGAUUAGUGUUCACAGAGCCGCGCCAAGUUUAAUAGACCAUGAGAACAUAGAGCGCGAGUCUGGCGACUCCCAACUCAGACACAUUGCGUCAAUUGUUACCAGGGGCAACUUUGAACUGAUUGUGAACCCUUACAAAAAGGCCGACCUAACCGAUAUAUUCACAUCGCUUUCAACGUCCCUAGCAGGAUAUAAAGUCAAAUUACUGGAAAGUUACGUUUCCGUAACCAUCCCAGAACUUGGAUCAGACAUGAGGAAGAAGUCACAAGAGAACGUAAAAAGGCUACUUAACAGUGGAUUAGAUCAAAUAAGAUUGACUAGACAAAACAGUAUGAAAACCCUUAAGAACUUAGAGUCUGGGCUAAGUCAGGAUAUGCUAUUUAGUCAAAAGAAACAAAUCGAGGGUCAAAUUAAAUCGUCAACCAGUAACGUGGAAAAGAUGUGCAAUGAUAAACUGUCAUCUUUGUAA